UCAUGUUACAUCUUGAACACUUCCGCGCAGAGUCAACUCGUGUCAAUAUGGAAUGUGGCGCGUUAUUACUUUAUAUUUUGUUUUCAAUAUACAGUGUAGGAGCGAGACAAAAACCUCAAAUAAGAGCCGAAAGUAACUGUGAAAAGAUAACAAGAUCACCGUUUUAUGUGCCCGAAUUUAUUCCCGGCAAAUGGCGUGUGUACUACACUUGGGGUAUUAAGUUGAACGCUUGCACUUAUGUGGUUCUUAGGUCAGUGAGUACACAGACACAAACACAUUAUGCCAAAAAGUUUGAGGGUCAUAUGGAGGAGGAAAUAGAUUGGUACUCUUCUGAGCUGAAAAUAACUACUGGGUUAGGGGAACAACUGCUCAUGUUUGCCGAAGGAGACGGGCGGGGGAGGUUUCGUGCUGUCGAGACCAACCGCUUUUUUGAGGUCAGUCCCGAAGUUCCCGUCUCAUUGACGAAAUACGCUAUAAAGUCCUACCACUUCUUCAGAUAUUUGGUUUUGCUGAACUGCGAGAAUUUCAGAGGAUACCUGAUGGCCCGGCCCGCCGACAGGUUCGUCACAACGAAGGAGAUCGUGAACCUGAUUGAUACAAUACUGCCGGGAGAAAACGGAUACUUUGCUUGUAUCCCAGAACUAAACGAAGUAUAUAAGCAGCAGUAGGAAAUAUUUUCAAGUUUGUGUAUACGGGGUCAGAUCUUCGGAACUAAUCAAGCGAAUUCCAAAAUUAUUUUUCCAGUAGGAACAUUAUUUCUGAGUGAUCAAUCAUCAUCAUGAAUAUUUAUUUAAACGUCCCAACUCCUGCGGUAUAGGCGCUUGCAAAUACAACCGGGACUAACUUCGGAAGCACGGAAGAGGUCAAGAUAAUAUAUUUUUGGUCAUCCAUCCAAUUAAGACCGACCAUUGCGAGAGUGUCUUAACCGCUACUCAGCUCCUAUAGGGCACAUUUUAUCUCGAUAUUAUUGAUGUCAUAAAAUAUCACGUGGCCCAUGAUGGUAAGUGGUCACCACAGCCUAUCAACGCUUGCAAUGCUAGGGGUAUCUAUGGGUGUCACACACUGCCUCUCGCAUCUAUCAAACCAAAACACAACAAUGUUGUUUGGCGAUAGAAACAGAUGAGAAUCAGGUACCUAUUGAGACGACCUUUGUACCGUUUAUAUAUAUAGUUUUAAGAUUUACUUCUGGUAGACCUACAUGCUUACAUCCUGUAUCCUGUAUGUGAUAUCCUCGUAUUUUUAAAAGAAAUCGACGGAUUACACAAUGCACGGAUAUUUUUAGACUACACUACAACCUCGUCAUAACAUGUGAUGUUGACAUAAUAAAGAAAGAAUAGACAUAUAGAAA